AUGAACCUCGACGUAAAGGGCUGUGGCUGGCGACUGUAUCUCCUUCUCUCGCGACACUUCCAGUGGAAGAACGGGGAUGUGAGUGGCGAAUCGCGAUGCGACGACGACCAGAAUGAAGCAACACUCAGCUUCGAGUUGCUAAUCACCCGCAGGAUCGUCCCUAGCUCCAGUGUAGCCAGCCGGACGGAUGUCCCCGAGCUCAUUGUCAUGAUCGAAGCCUCUCCGAAUGGCUGUGGCAUACGGGGUCUCCAAACGCUGUAUAGAGUCUCACCGAGCGAAUCUCCAUCAGGGCGCUUGACCAUCACCGCGAACGCCUCUCCUGAGUAUAAGCUGGAUCAGCCGUGGAAGUUGGGCUUCGACUUCGAUAUGGGCCGCAAUCGUAUUGAGCCAGACAAAGAGUACGGCACUUGUGUGAUCUUCAGUCAGGAAGCGCCUCCAGAUGAAGCAAAAAGCGGGCAGGGCGAGGGUGCACCUGAAGCUGUGUCGUUGGGAGAUGGAAAGCUGGAGGUGAACGCGUUCCUUGACCUCGGGGAAGCAAAGGAUAGGCCUCUCAAGUAUGGCAAUGCUUGUACGAAAAGGCUCGCGGCUGUUGAGUAUCGAGAAUGGAAGUUUGCUCAAUAG